AUGACGGGUCAAUCAAAGCCGAUGCGCCUUUCUCCGUGGCAGAGUGCCGUUGCAGGUGCAACUGGUGCUGUCCUCGCCAACGCCAUGGUAUAUCCUCUAGAUAUAGUCAAGACGAGGCUGCAAGUCCAGGUGAAAGGCGAAGAGACCGAGGGUUCAGACGGCGCGGUACACUAUAAAUCGACUUGGGAUGCCAUCAACAAAAUUAUGGAAAGCGAGGGAAUCGAGGGUCUGUACUCUGGAAUCGUUGGGUCAUUGAUUGGUGUCGCGUCAACCAACUUCGCCUACUUCUACUGGUACAGCAUUGUGAGAUCCAUCUAUAUGGCGUCAAGCCGGGGAAGCAAGACUCCUGGUACCGCCGCUGAGCUGAGCUUGGGUGCUGUCGCAGGUGCUGUUGCUCAGAUUUUCACUAUUCCGGUCGCUGUUAUCACAACCAGACAGCAAACUCAGCCAAAGGGAGAGAAGAAAGGCUUGAUCGAAACCGGCAAGGAAGUUGUCAACAGUGAGGACGGCUGGACUGGACUAUGGCGCGGUCUCAAGGCCAGUUUGAUUCUCGUUGUUAACCCCGCCAUCACCUAUGGAGCCUACCAGCGGCUGAAGGAGAUCAUCUUUCCGGGAAAGAACAACCUCAAGCCAUGGGAAGCUUUUAUCCUUGGUGCACUUUCCAAAGCGCUUGCUACCAUUGCAACUCAACCAUUAAUCGUUGCGAAAGUCGGUCUCCAGUCUCGCCCACCUCCAGGUCGCGAAGGAAAGCCCUUCAAGACCUUUGGUGAAGUCAUGCGCUAUAUCAUCGAGAAAGAAGGAGCGCUUUCAUUGUUCAAGGGUAUUGGACCUCAGAUUACCAAGGGGCUCCUGGUCCAGGGUCUUUUGAUGAUGACUAAAGAACGGAUGGAGCUUAUGUUUAUCCUCUUCUUCGCAUAUCUGCGCAAACUCAAGCAAAAGAAGCUUCAGAAGGCGAUUGAUACCGCUGCUUCGAAGGCCAAGACGAGUCUCCCUGCGACCCUGAAAUAA